AUUAAUUGUGGCUGUGUUAAAAAUAUAUAUAAAAUUAUAGGUCUCAAUGGGCUUUUAGCGUAUAAUUAAGAAAAUAGAGGGAUAGAACAAUGGGACUACAAAGUGAUAUUAAUUAAAUAUAAUACGAUUUACGCUACUUAUGUUUACUAAACUGAAACAAUAAUCUUUUGUCUUGUGUUCAUACUUUAUAACAUAUAAAAAUUAAUUGUAUUGUAUAGAUCGGCGUGAAAGGGAUAACCUGCUUUUAUUAUUCGAUACGGAUCCUCUUACUUAAUCAACUAACUCUUGCCCUAUUUGAUUUAAACAAUUGAUCAAGAAUUCUUUCUUUGUCAUUAUGAAGGAUGUUGUAACAAAAGGAGUUUUAUAGACCUGAAGAUGGAUUUGUUAAGAAAUAUCUAUUGUAUCUCAAAUUAUAAUAGAACUAUAUUUUUCAUGAUAGUUUUGUUUUCUUUCAAACUGUGUAGACCUCAGGACUUAAGUGAAGACUUUAUUAAUGAGGAUAGUUUAGACUCUGAUAUUAUGUUACCGGUGAAAGUUAAGGCGAGAAAUGUGGCAGAGAGUCCGUGUAGACUGAGCGAACUGCUAUGUGAUACGGGACAGUGUAUAUCGAUGGAUAAGUACUGUAAUAGAGAAGAUGACUGCGGAGAUAAAAGCGAUGAACCAAAAUCGUGUACACCUUGUAACAGAACAUACAUGGGAGAUGUCGGCCGUACUUACGAACUGGAGGUUCGUAGGCCGAGAGAGGAUCAUCUUCCAUUUGUCUGUCAUCUAAAUUUUACUGCUAAUGGCGGCAACUAUGGCGAUAUUAUACAGCUUACAUUCGACACUUUCACGGUGGGUAAAUUUGUAUCGUUUACCUCUGAUGGAUGUCCGGAUGGACACAUGACAAUAGUUGAGAGAAGUUCAUCACCACCGAUGGGUCAAUGGUGUGGCUCAGCAUGGGGUUAUACUGUAUACUUUAGCGAAUCAGACUCUAUAAAUAUGACUCUCCGUUUGGAUAGACUGAGCCAGCAGGGUGUUGGGUACAAUUUCGACUUCAAGUUGGCAUACAAGUUUCUAAGACGAAGCGAAGCUAGAUUGCGGUACGGUAACGCGACUGUGGGGGCAUGGAGGGGGGAACGAGUCUCUGGCACCUAUUGCGACCGCAUACUGAGCGACUGUGAUCUACGCGCAUGCCGCAUCCAGUCACCAAACUUUCCUGGAGUAUAUCCACGUAAUGCGACGUGUACAUACCGCAUUGAACACACAAAGAUACCAGCAGAUAAACAUGUUCUUUUGGCCGUGAGACAAACAAAUAGUCACAAAAUACAUAUCAAAGAUCAAAUUGUCAAAUAUGAUAGAAGCCAACGAGUUUUAAAGAUUUGGGACCAAUGUAAUGUCGUUCAGGAUUAUCUAACAGUUUGGGAUGGACCUACAAGAGACUAUCCGGUUCUAGUUAGACUUUGUGGAGGAGACGCAGUUCCUGACAUAGUUAGCAGAGGGCCUAAUAUGUUACUAGAGUUUCAUACCUCACCUUAUGAUAAUCCUUUUCAUCCAGUUCCACUCAGUUAUUUACCUGGUUUUGAGCUUGAAGUUCAGGUGUUGUACGUGGACAGAGAUUCCCAUUCGUACGUGAGUUCAGAUGGUCGUUGUCGGUUUGUUUUACGCUCCUCUGACAAGACAAGCGGGGUGUUAAGAAAUCCACGACACUCCUUGCCACCAAAUACAUCUUGUGUGUAUUACUUUCAAGGUCGUCCAAACGAAAUAGUAUGGGUAUCGUUUGUUAAGUACCACGCUGCGGGCUCGGAGCCGGCGGGAUUCGAUCAACAAAAGGAUUGCUCUUCACAACUCACUAUUUGGGAUGGUGCGGCACCUGAUGCAGAUCUUGAUAGAAAGUUGGAAAUGAGUGACAAGAAAUCUCUUCUCGGUUCAUUUUGUCGAGAGGAAUCUCCGCGUCUGUGUGACCAUGCGCUACUAUCAAACGCUACGCGCGCCACCAGGCCUUGUGCUCCCACAGAAAGCUACAUCACAACAGGACCAGCGCUUACUAUUUUGCAGGAGCUACGUCAAGGUUCAGCAUUAUAUCCUGUCUCUUUCGUCUUGCGAUAUGAAUUCGUAGAUGUGAGUGAGCAAGGUCAACCAUUAGUGGACUCUCAGUCAGCGUGUGAUAGAGUUUUUAAAUCAGCACUCACAUAUUCUGGAAGAUUUCAAGCUCCCCGAGCUAUAUUUUACUAUGGGCGAGGUGGAUCUCAAAAUUUGACUUGUAUUUUAAGAUUUGAAGCUAAGCAUGGAGAAAGAAUACAGUUAACGUUUACAAACACAUAUUUUGGAAAUAAAAUUUGUAGUACUCAUAAAGAUUCCAAGACAAGCCGAUGGGUUUGUGAUAGGCCAAUUAAAAGAAUAAUAGGUGGGGAAGGUUUAGCUCAGAUUAUUAUAACUGAAUAUCCUUGGGAAGGGAUCCCUAUACAAAGAGAUUGUUUAUGUACAAAUCGCUCCGAACCUCUUAACGUUCACACGCUUACAGCUCCCGUCGUAGAAGUUAAUUUUACUGUGACUAUGAUGAACAUAACUGAAGAUUAUGACGAUUUUCAAUUUGAAGGUGAAUAUAAAUUUAUUCCCACUGGCCCCGGGGACGAAAGUGUUUGUUCUACUGGUUGGGGUGAUAGACGAUUAAGAGGAAGCAGUGGGGAAAUAAGAUUGUAUGACAACAGAGAAGCGUCUGUAACUCCAGAAAUAAUGGGUGACAGAAAUGUUAUAUCAGAAAGCGUCAGAGCAGAAGUUGCUUGUGUUCAUAGACCUUGGUUGAUAGAACCUGGAGGGGAUGAUGUAACACCUUUACAGGGUAGAUAUCUAUAUAUCAAAGUACCGGGAUAUGAAAUAACGCCUACCUCACCAUUUUGUCCUACACCAAAUCGACUAUUUAUAUACGAAGCACGAGAUACUUCAAUUCACAGAGAAAUUUGUCCUAAAGAUUCUAACACUUUAGAUUUGUAUUCGCCAGGAUGGAAAUCAUCACAAACAACAAUAGAAUCAUCAUUAAAACCUCAUGCUAAGAGCUACGUAAUUGAUUUUCUACAACACGAACAAACCGAUUACUCAAUCAAAUGGAUAGAAGUUAUGAAAAAGCCAUCUAUUGACCAUGAUCCAGGGUCAAACAUUUUGCCUUUAUCGGUUAAUUUAGAUUGCCAUCAUAACUGCCCAGAGUUGAAUGCCUGUAUUCCUAUUACAUUAUGGUGUGAUGGCAGUCCUCAUUGCCCUUCUGGUUACGACGAAGAUGACUCAAACUGUUCUUUUAAGUUGUCCUUGCCGUCACCAUAUGUUGCGGCUGUGGCCGGUAUGGGACUUCUUAUUUGUGCUAUCGCAAUUGGUUUAUGUGCAUGUAAACGACGAAGAAAAAAAGAUAAGGAGUUUAAGGCAAGACUCGACGACGCGCUUCCACCUGAAGAAAGACCUUAUGAUCGUUCAAAAAGUAAUGGCGUUCCAGAAGCUAAUCGUCAAUACGCAACUGUACAAAAAUAUGCUACAAUAGAUAAAUACAGUUUAAGUCAAAAAUAUAGUGCGGGGCUCAAUGAUGUUAGGUAUUAUGAUGAAGUAGCUCAAAAAGAUAAGCUAGCCGACACGAGGUAUGCUAGCUUAGGGCGCGCUGGUCGGUGUAAUCGAAUGGAAAAUAAUAGAGGCACUGGAUCUAGAAGAAUGCCAGACGUAGGCUAUCCAGAUCUAAAAGACGGAUUUUGUUGACCCUUAUCUCGAUGACUUAGAAACCCCAGAACAGCUAUUAAAGCUACUUAUAGCCUAAAGCUUUGAUUUUGUCAAGUUACGUUUAUUUAUAACCUUUAUAUUGAAGACUGAACUGGCAAAAGUGCCUCCCUAACAGUUUUGAACAAUUGUUUAGUCACAAUUUUCAUACGACAUAAACAGAAUAUUAAUCAAUAUUAAUAAGGUGUCAUCCAAUUAUUACAUAAUUUUACAUAUAAAUAUAAAAACCAAUAUAGCUUACCUGAACUGCCUUCCGAUAUCAAUAUCAGUUCCUUGUUUUACUAUUGUUAAAACUUCUCACCAAAUAACAUAUCUGAAUGUACAUAAAAUGCUUGACAAUACAAUUUUAAGAUACGAGUUAAAUCAUUAAUCUAUACUUUUAGUAGGUGGUUAGUGCUGCAUAAAAACAUUUUACAAUUACAGAAAAGUUUUAUAUUCGUUAAAGCAGUAUUAUAUUAAGAUGUUUGUUUUAUGGAUAUUUGUAACUUUUCUUCGCAAUUCCUUUAUAGCUAAAAAUGAAAUUCUGUAAUGAUUAGUUAUAAAAUGAAAUGUGAUAUAGACUGUAAAAAGGUAAAUAAGUCAAUAAGAACUAUAAUAUAAAUCUCUGGUGUACCAUAUAGUUUCCUAAAAUGUGUGUAUGUAUUGUAUAAGUAUCAACAACUGAAUGUAAAUAAAUUAUAGACUAAGGAUUUUUAAAGUCUGUAAGAAGUUUCCGAUUAAAGGAGAUAUUAAUAAAGUAAUUUCU